GAGAAUAAUGAGGCCUCAGAUUUAGUUCACUCUCAAACAGACGUUCGUGGACGAGGAUGCGGAAGGACAGCCAACUGGCGAUACUGUGUGGAUUGCGCAGAUUGGAUAGUUAUAUAUUCGAACCUGACCUAGCCUCCUCUGUUUCUAUAACAGAGAAGCAACACGAACAGGGCGAGAGAGACAGAGAGAGAGAGAGAGAGAGUGAGGAAGGAUUGAAGGCCAUUUUGUGGCGAAGUAACUGUGGGAGAGCGCUAGAGAACGAUGGCUAGUAGUAGCGGGUGCGAAUCUGGUUGGACUCUAUACCUGUGCGGGUCAUCUUUCUCUUCCGAGAAAGACUCUGGUGGUGGCAGCAGAAUCCUUGAAAGUCACAGAGUAAAAGAAGAGGAAGGAGGAGGAGAGAGCUUGUCUAUGCUCUCUGACGCGUCCUCAGGACCUCCGUGUUAUUAUGAGAACGAGCCUUCCUUUUCCUCUUCCCCUGCUUGCGGCAAAAAGAGAUCGAAGAAGCCAGAAAGUGUCGCGAGGCAUCACCAUUCUUGUUUUGAGGACACUGCUACUUCCGCGCAACUGAACUCUCCCAAGAAGAGCUUAAUAAAUCCCUUGCAAAAUCAAGUGUCGGCCAACCAUGUUUGGGAUUCUUCAGAUGGUUACUCUGUGGGCCGCGUGAAGGGAAAGCACCGUGAUUUCCUGGAGUCCUCUGAGGACGCGAGAGUGAGACAUCACAGGAAAGCUGCGAAAGGCCUCUCGAAGAGUUCAACUUGACAUUUCAGUUCAGGAAUCGGCGAAAUCAAGUUAAUUAUACAGGAAAAAUCAUGUAAGCUCUAUAUGUUUCAUGGGCUGAGAUGAACUUUUUAUUACAAUGCAUGUAGUGUUCCCUUGUUUUCGUCUGUACGUAAUUACGUUGUGGUACAACUGCUGUUGUUACCAAAGCAAAAGGGAGAAGAAAAAAAGGAACUGUUAUUGCAGAUUUCGCAGAGGCGAAGCAUGGUGUGAUCCGAAGAGGGCACUGAAAUUCUGUUGGAACCGUGGUUUCUCUUCAUCUUUCUGUGGAU